AUGGCUGACACCGACAGAUACCGAGGCGGUGGCCCACGCGGCUACAAUAACAAGCGAAAGCGCUUUCGAGAGGACGACGACUAUGACCAGGGUCUCCGUAACCAGCGCCAGCGCCAGGAGCCUCCGCCAGGCACGAGAAUCCGACGAGGUCUGAUCGAGAUCGCCGAGGACCACGGCAGACUCCCCCACGAAGUCGCAGCCAACCUCGCGAAGCUCACGGCCGACAACUACGAGGAUGAAUACGUCAAAGAGGUGUUCAGCACAGUGGCGCUCAAGCUGGUUGGAGAGCAGCCUUUCAAGAUCCCGUUUGUCGCGGCGGUGGUGCUCUACGCCAAUGCGGAGAAGGCGGAGGUCGCGCAGAAUGUGCUUGAGCGGGCUCAGAAGCAGACACAGGAGGCGCUGGAGGGGGGACAGUGGAGGCAGUUCAAGCUUUUGCUGAGGUUUCUGGCUUGCUUGAGUCCACUGUUUGAACAGGACGGCGUUAUGCCGAUUCUGGAUGAGCUGUUUAAUCGUGCAGCGGAUUUGCAGACGGCUUCGUCGGAGGAUGCUGUGGGCAUUGAGCUCGUCAAGAUCAUUUUGCUUACCAUCCCAUACCUCCUCGCGAGCUCGACGGAUCCUUCAAUGCAGCAGAGAGUGUCGGAGCUGCUGGAGAAGACCGAGAUCAUUGCAUCUACCACUCACGCGCUCGAAGCCCUCGUGGAUCCAUACCCGGUGUCUUCAGACCAGGAAGAGAAGGCCAUGACUUGCGCCAGCGUCAUCUCGUUGCUUCAAUCACAACUUACAGAAGAGGCAAACAAUGGCUGGAAGCUUACCUGCAUUCCUAGGCCAUACGACCCGACCUUCAAGCCAGCCAAGAAGGAGGAAGAAGGCAACGGCGAACUGAACGGGGACGCGAAUGGUGAUGUGCAGGAGCCAACCAAGCACGCAUUCCCCAGUGUGAGCGUCCCAUCUCCUGUCAAUCCAGGAACCCGAACACUCCUGCCAGAAGUGUACUUCUCUCUUUUCGCCGACCAGGAGAUCGAAUCUGUUCCACAAACCUCGAACAUCGCUGCUUCUCUCAUGCGCGAUACGAUUGUUGACACGAUUAACCUUCUCGACUUCAAUCGCAACAUGGUAGCCAAGUAUUUGACCGAGAUUGACUGCUUCUGGACAAAGGACACCUUCGUGAAGCGAUCGACUGCUUUCGACAAGCUGAGAGAUGUGGCUCCUGGAAAGCCAACAUGGAAGUCUGAAGACGUCACAGUCGAUGCGAUCUUCUCGCAAAUUUUACAACUACCAGUUCCUGAUCACCGCUUGGUUUACUACCACUCGCUCAUCACUGAGGCUUGCAAGAUAUCGCCGGGAGCUGUUGCCCCAACGCUUGGUCGUGCGAUCCGUUUCUUGUUCCGAAACGUCGAUCAGAUGGACAUGGAACUGUCGUAUCGCUUCAUGGACUGGUUUGCUCACCAUCUGAGCAACUUCGAAUUCAGAUGGAAGUGGUCUGAGUGGGAGGGCGAUGUCCAACUUCCAGACCUCGACCCAAAGAAAGCUUUCAUCAACGGCGCACUCGAUAAGGAGAUUCGCCUGUCGUUUGCCAAGCGCAUUCGAGAGACACUUCCACAGGUUUACCAUCCUCUCAUCCCAGCCAGUAAGGAGAAGGACAUGCCCGACUUCAAGUACAGCAACGACAACACCCCGUAUGCCAAGGAAGGACGUGAAGUACUUGCCCUCCUCAAGAAGAAAGCGCCCGAGGAAGAGGUUCAGAAAGUGUUGGACUCGGUGCAUGAGCAGGCUGCGGCUCUUGGUGUUGUGGACCCUCUCGUCCCCAGCACCGACAUCUACAUGACUUCGAUCUUGAGUAUCGGAUCGAAGUCGUUGUCUCAUGUCUUGUCGACGAUCGACCGCUGCAAGGAUCGACUGCUCAAUAUCGGACAACAGUCUGAGCAAGCCCGCCGACAGAUUAUCGCUUCCGUGGUCGACUUCUGGGCUGAUCACCCCGGUACUGCCGUCAACAUUGUCGACAAGCUCCUCAACUACAGCAUCAUCACGCCAAUGGCCGUCAUCCAAUGGGCCUUGCAAGAUCGUAUCUACCGUGGCCGCGCACUCGCCUCGUCCCAAAUCUACGAAAUGGUCUCCAUCACCAUGUUCAAGGUCACCAACCGCGUGCGCCAAGUCCUCCGCGAGCGCAAUAACAUGAAGCUUUCCUACGAGCAGCGCAAGCAAAUUGACGACGCCCUGCCUAGAGAGCGUCAGGGCAUGAGAGAUCUGUUCAACGCCAUCGAGGAUGCCGUCUCUGCCGUCGCGAGCGGCGCACAGGACGAGAUGAUUGAGCGGUUUGAUGGUGAGGAGCCCGAGCAGCAUCUCAUCACCGCUUGGGGUUCGCGCUGGGCGAGGGUGUGGAGACGCAAGGCGGCUGUGGAAGAGGCCAUCGUGGGUGAGGCGGUUGUGGGACCGCUGGAGGAGGAGCCUCCUGCUGUUGUUGAGGUGGCUGAGCCGGAGCAGGAUGGCAUGGAGGACUUUGAUCAGGUGUAG